CAGAUGCGCACCGACACAUCUGACUCACGGAAUAACGAUUGAACUCUCGAGCUAUUCAAAAGCCAAACCAGCGCAUCUCGGUUACUGCACACCGAAAUGUCAAUGCGUUCAUCCAUCAUCGUGAACGCCUUCAAUCAUUUCCAUGGUUGUUUUUGUUUAGCGAGGGGCGGGUCGUUGCUCACACCUACAGAGUGACAGUGGGGAGAAAUUGGGCACAGUGAAGCGCCGUAUUUGGGGACCACUAUUAGGCUGCAUCACUGGGCAUGCUCCAUCUGUCGUGUGAGAGGGGGAAGCAGCGGGCAUGUUCUUACCUUUUGUUUUUACCUUUCGAUGGUUUCUUUCCACUUCAGCGAUCUCGGAUGUCCUCUACUGACUAGAUCCUCGCCUCCCUUUUGCAGCAACAGUAGACGUUUUCGGUGAUGCCGAGACAAAGAGCUGCACUCGGCUGCUGCGCGUCGGUGUGAAGGAGGCAGCGUCUGGAGGAGGGAUCGAACACGGUACCGGGAGAGCGGGCGCUGUCUGCUCAGCACCAGCGACGCAAUCGCCUUGACUCGGAUGAGCCUGUAAAAAGGUGAAGAAUAGUUAGGCGCGCGGGCAUCAUUGUCUUGUCUGUUGCUUGUCGCUGGAUUUGGCGACGAUGUGCAGACGCCCAUCGGCCGCGUUCGUUUUGGAUUUCGCCUGCAGCCUGACGGGCACGUCAGCGUCCACAUCUCCCAAGUUCGCCGCUGCCUGACGGGCGUCGAGCCGGCGGCGAUUCGCGUUUGCUUCCCGGGCGCGGGGUGAGACGACACAGGUGGCUCGGCGCGCGGCUCUCACCUUUGCCACCAUGACGAGGGGAACGUGGCUGAGCGAUGCUUAAGGGACGCGAUGGGCCUGAGCGACGACAAGGAUCGCGUCGUGAUCAACGUGGGAGGGAUCCGGCACCAGACGUACCGCAGCACCCUUCGAACCCUUCCGGGCACCCGCCUGUCGUGGCUGGCCGAGCCUGACGCUCCCAACCACUUUGACUAUGACGCUAAGAUCGAGGAGUUCUUUUUCGACCGCCACCCGGGCGUGUUCGCGCACAUCCUCAACUAUUACAGGACAGGUAAGCUGCACUGCCCGGCCGAUGUGUGCGGGCCGCUCUACGAGGAGGAGUUGGCGUUUUGGGGCAUCGACGAGACGGACGUGGAACCGUGCUGCUGGAUGACCUAUCGCCAGCACCGGGAGGCGGAGGAGGCCCUUGAUAGUUUCGGCGGCGGGGGACUGUUGGACCUGGGCAACGACGAUGCCGAGCCCGAGCAGGAGCACGGGGAGGACGACGCGGAUGAGAUGACGCGGCGGCUGGCGCACGGAGACUCGCCUGAUGUUCGCAGCGGCACUUUAUGGAGCCGCUGGCAAAAGCACGUUUGGGCUCUCUUUGAGGACCCCUACUCCUCCAAAUAUGCAAGGUGGGUGGCUCUGGCCUCGCUGUUCUUUAUCCUGGUUUCCAUCACCACGUUCUGUCUGGAGACCCACGAGUCCUUCAACCCUAUCAUCAACCGCACCGAGGUGGAGCUGGUGGACAACAUCACGGUGGAGCACACGUACCAGGAGCCCGAGACAGCGGCCUACCUCACCUACAUCGAAGGCGUUUGCGUCGUGUGGUUCACUUUUGAAUUCCUCAUGCGAAUAACUUUCUGUCCAAACAAAUUUGACUUCAUCCGGAACGCUCUGAACAUUAUCGACUUUGUGGCCAUCCUGCCCUUCUACCUGGAGGUGGGUCUCAGCGGGCUCUCUUCAAAGGCAGCUAAGGAUGUGCUGGGUUUCCUCCGAGUGGUCCGCUUUGUUAGGAUCCUGCGUAUCUUCAAGCUAACUCGCCACUUUGUGGGUCUGAGGGUGCUGGGCCACACGCUGAGAGCGAGCACCAACGAGUUCCUUCUCCUCAUUAUUUUCCUGGCCCUGGGUGUCCUCAUCUUUGCCACAAUGAUCUACUAUGCGGAACGGAUCGGCGCAAACCCCAACGACCCUCGAGCCAGCGAGCACACGCAGUUCAAGAACAUCCCGAUCGGAUUCUGGUGGGCCGUGGUGACGAUGACGACCCUCGGCUACGGCGACAUGUACCCUCAGACCACCUCUGGUAUGCUGGUGGGAGCCUUGUGCGCCCUGGCAGGCGUGCUGACCAUCGCCAUGCCUGUCCCUGUGAUUGUCAACAACUUUGGAAUGUAUUACUCCCUGGCCAUGGCGAAACAGAAACUACCAAAGAAAAAAAAUAGGCACAUCCCACGGGCACCCCAACCUGGUUCUCCAAAUUUCUGUAAAUCGAGCAUCAGCUCGCAACAUCAGAGCCCCGUUGCCCACGACGACGUUUUCGAGAUCAAGUUUCAAGAUUCCAAGCUGAACGGCGAGGCUGCGAACGCUGCUCUGGCCAAUGAGGACUGCCCUCACAUCGACCAGGCCAUAUCACCUGAGGAAAUCUUCAGCCCCAGCGAAAGAGAGCGGCCCUGCUUCCUGGUCACCACCGCCGAGCGGCCCAACCACACGGGGGGCAGAGUGAGGAGGGGUUAUGAAAAGCCUUGGAGCCUUAACAGCAUGUCUGGCAUGAGCGGGGAUGCCUCUGGAGUGUCCUCAGUGUCCGCCCUGCCCUGCAGCCCACCCUGUCUAAUGCAGCACUCACAUUCUCCCAUCCCAUCCAUUAUGUAGCAUGGUUGAGUAGCAGAUACAAUGCCAUUGGAAGGCCAGUCCACACUUCUCCUCGAAACAUUUGUUUUCAGAUAUCACCCCCGCCCCUUUCUUUUUUUUUUUUAAUUUGACACUUUUGUUCCUGCUUUCUCAUUUUUAUUUUCCUUCUCCUGGAAAACUGUAUCUCAACUGUUCGGAUACUCCCAAUGGUUCCCCUUGGGGGGGUGUCAUCAUAUCCUAGACUAGAAAGUCACUUUGGCGAGACGCCAAAUGAGCAUGGGUCACCUCAGUCGCCGGCAAAAGCGCCGUUCUACAGGCUAACUCCACCUCUUUUCCCCCUAUGUUGACUUCAUUGCCUGUUGCUCUGUUGCUUUUGAUCUCGCAUACUUUUGUGCCGACGACUUUCUUCUUCUCAUCUGCUUUUGGCAAUCCUGUGAAAGAUGUACCGGUGUGCUGGACAUAAACAACACGUUGCUUUUAAAACAUAUCCAAACUGUAUCAUUGCCAGGUGUUAAGCAAACUCCUCUGAAGUGCUUUGUAUGUUGCAAAGUAGAGACGUUACAAUUCUGAACGCACAAAACCAGCUAAUGUUAACGGAGUGGCCAUGUAUGAGGGAAAAAAAACAGAAAAACAAACAGCAAGAUGAUGUCCAAUGCACAAAGGAGAUGAUGACAAUUCCUAUGAUACUAGUGAUGAAUAAUGUCAACGGAACUCAAACUGUUUGGUCCUUUGCAUGAACUGCAUGAGAAAUUAUGUUCUACAACAAUCUAACUGUAUUUCAGUACCUGUAAGAGAAAACAUUGUCUUUCAUAAGCAUCGCAAAGCUUUGCCAUUUUUAUGCAUUUCUGAGACAGCUUUACAAGAGACUCAGUCAUAGCGAGAUUUUUAUGUAGCUGCCAUUCUUUGCCUUUCCCCAAUAUAUCAUAUAUAUUUUCUUGUAUUCAUUUGACCACUAAAAUUAUUUCACUUGAGGUAUUUGGUACAAAGUCAGCUAUAAAGUUGGCAUGAGCAUUUUUUUAAAACAAAUAUAUCCACUGGUAGGUUAGGACCUUUUUAAGGGGAGAAAAAAAUAAUUGUCUCCUGCAGCCGCUCUUAUGGUGUAUAUGCAGAAAUUGAGGCAAGAAAUAUAACAAUGGAGCUUUUGUACGAGGUGAGGCAAAGUAAAAAAAAAAAAAUGAAAUGAAAUAUUUUUGACACAAUACAACAUUGUUGUAGCAUAAAGACAUUUAUGAUUUCAUUUUACAGCACACAGCUUAUUCGCAAUCGAAAUAACUUUUUGGUUAGCACGUUAACGUUUAGCAAAUAAUCUUUUGGAGAGAAACAAAAUUAAUCUUUUCUACAUAAUGAAGCACACAAUGUUAAUCGAGGGCCACUUGAAAACACAUACAUAAAUAUACGUCACGUUGGAAUAAAUUGCAGGUGUCAAGAGCAGUGCAGCAUGUAUCUAAUCAAAAAGUAUCAAUACUGUCACACAUGUUCCGAUACGCUCCCAAUAAUUUGACUUUUCAAGGCACUUUAACGGAUGUUGACCAAUCAGGAUGUGGACAAAUUUCUAGAAACAUAUUUUACAACAAGUAUAAAUAUAUGUUCAUUCUGAACGAACAGAGUUUUACAUUCAAAGUCAUGUUUUUUGUGGUGAUUACUGGACGUUAUAUAUUAAGAAAAAAAAAAACUUGUGAAGAAUUGUUGGGAAGAGAUGCAGGUGGGGAAAAGAAAAUUCAAACCACUAUAGGAUGUGGGUCUUCUUGGGGAAAGGUAAAUGCAUGUAUUUUCAAUUUAUGCAACAGAAAACUAUACAAAUAAAAAAGAUGUACAGAUAAGUCCUUGCAUGAAAUAAAUUUUGUACUCAAUGAG